AAAAUGGAACACUGUAAUGUUCAAGAGAAUUAAAUACUAAACAUAAUUAUAUCGAUAUCAUUAUAGUUGAUAUUUAUUUAAAAUCCAGGUGACUCAUGUGUGUGAUGCAAAAUUCACUGCAUUCAACAGCAGGCACAAAACAUAUUGACAAUAUGCAGUUUUUCUUAUUUCUUGCAAUUAUUAUUUCAUUGAGUGUGGUUUCACACUCGUCUUUACACGAUGGAAUGAGGGACGAAGGAAGAUCUUUAUCGAGUCUGACGUAUCAAGAUUGCAAGGAUAUGUCAAGAACUCCUGAAUUUCAAGACAACUACAGUACAUGGGAAGAACAGGUGUGUUUAUUUUGGUUGUAUGGGUUUGGAAAAGAGGAAGCAGAACAAUAUGCAACUUUAUCUAUUGAAGAUGGCGAUCUGGAUAGAAAUGGUGUAAUUGACGGGGAAGAAUUUUUUGGAAGACCAAACCCAUGAAAGACACAUAAUGUUACAGUUUGUUUGUACCUUACGAAAAUAAAAUUAAUCUUUUGA